GUUGGGGGUGAAAUAUGAUGGUCCUGGGGGACGAGACUCUACAGGUUUGACGAUUAGGCGUCAAGACUGGUUUAGGCUUGGGGGUUAAACCAGAGACUGUCCAAGAGAGGCCAAAACUCCCGGUAGGGCAAACUUUUCCUGAAAUGGAGUGGAAACUGGAGCGCACCGCACCUCGGAGGGUCCGGACAGAAGAAGAGAUGCUGUGGGAGAACAUCAUGCAGGUGCUCUCCAAAGGCAUGAAGCAGAUGAGAAGUCAAGGUUCUCCCAAGGUAUUUGAUGCAGUUAAUACCACAUAUUCUAACUUUAAGAGCAACUUCACAAAGAGGGAGUCGGCUGAGGUUCCUGUUGCCAGUAGCCCAAUUACCACAAGAUGGCGACAAAGCCAAGCCAGGAAGUUGGCAGCCUCUUCCUUCAGGGAAGAGCAUUCAACCACUGACCUCCUGGAAGCUUCUGGAUCCAUGAUAAAAAUAACUCCUGAGAAAGACACCUUGAUUCUAGGAUCCUACAAAGAAUUACUGAAGACUCCCAUCAAAGGAAAUCUUGAAACAAAUAGCUCGACUCUCCAUUUUUGCCAGGCACCUCAUGCACUGGAUGGAGACCGGAAGGAAGACAUUGCCUCAAAAAGCCAGAAAUGCCUAAACGAGCUAUUUUCAACCCAGAAGGUGGCUCAGCAGGUUAAUGGGAAAAUGCAGCUCUGUGAGCAAUCCCAGUGUGUUUGGAAAGGCUGCAGAGAUGGAGUCAGAGAUGAAUCCUUCCAUGUUAAAAGGUUCAGUGAUAUAAACUAUUCUAUCCUCCAACCAGAGGUGAAGAUUCAUCUUUCUGGUCUUCGAAAUGACUACUAUCUGAAUAUCCUAGACUGGAAUUCUCAAGAUCUUGUUGCUGUAGCCCUGGGAUCUUCUGUAUACAUCUGGAAUGGGGAAAACCACAAUGGGAUUGAUAAUAUAGACUUAAGUCUCACUAGUAACUAUGUAUCUUCUGUGUCCUGGAUAAAAGAGGGGAGCUGCCUGGCAGUUGGCACCAGCGAAGGAGAAGUACAAUUAUGGGAUGUGGUAACUAAAAAGCAGCUGAGAAAUAUGCUUGGUCAUUUGUCAGUGGUUGCGGCUCUGAGCUGGAAUCACUGUAUACUCAGCAGUGGGUCAAGACUGGGCCAUGUUUAUCACCAUGAUGUGCGGGUAGCGCAGCAUCACGUCGGAACACUUCCCCACAAGCAAGCUGUAUGUGCUCUGAAGUGGUCACCAGAUGGCAGGCUGCUUUCCAGUGGCUGUAGUGACGGACUGCUGACUAUCUGGCCCCAUGAUCCAGGUGUGCAUGCACAAAGUCAACCAAUAAAAGUCAUAGCCCAACCUACAGCAGUCAAGGCCAUGGAUUGGUGUCCCUGGCAGGCUGGCGUCCUUGCUGUUGGAGGAGGAAUGCAGGAUGGACACUUACACAUCUUGGACAUAAAUAGUGGUCAGAGCAUCCAGACCCCAAGCACAAACUCACAGAUUUGUUCACUAAUCUGGCUACCUAAAACAAAGGAGAUUGCAACUGGCCAGGGUGCGCCUAAGAAUGAUGUGACUGUAUGGGCUUGUCCUGCUCUGGCCAGGUCAGGUGGAUUUUUUGGCCACAGAGGCAGAGUGCUGCAGUUGGCUUUGAGUCCGGACCAGACCCGAGUGUUUUCUGUGGCUGCUGAUGGCAUAGCCUGUGUAUGGAAAUGCUGCAAUCCGCUCAGCCCCUCUAAGCUUCAGUUUCCUGAUUUCUAAGUGCGAAUAUUGAUAUUGGCCUUGUCUUCUGCAUGGCAUUGUCAAGAGGAUCUAACAAGAUGAAGUGCGUUUCCUGAAGUGAAUGCCUGUUCUCCUGACCUUCUUUCUCAGGUUCCCGUAUUUGUUCUGCUUCCUCCUAUUGCAUUUCCCAGCCAUUGUCUUUGACCCUCUAUUCUUCUCUCUCCACUUUUUCCCUCCUCCUGCUCUUCAUUUUUCUUCUUCUCUAUCUCUUCCUUGUCAGGGAUGCAUUUUCACUACUAUACUCAGAAUAAAAUCUAUAGCAAAGAUUUUGAAAUACUUCUUUUCCACUUGAGUUUCCUCCCAAGCUCCAGCCUCGUACUUCUGUCUCUGGAUAUUUUCUUUUUGAGAUCCUUUCCUGUCUUUAACUCACACUCAAUACAUUAAAAACACAACAUGUUCACUUGACAGAUAUUGGUAAAAAUCUUACUAUAUGCUAAACAGUAUGUUAAGCAUGCAUAUUAUUUCCUCUCAAAAUGAGUUCCUCUGCAGGAUUCCCUUCGCCCAUCACCCGGGAGUCUCCUGAUCAUUGUGUUCCGUGCUCAGUCAGAUUACCCCAUGCUCUCUUUUCUUCUGUUUCACCCUAGUCAUGUCCUGAAUACCUGAUGACCAGUCUGCAGUAAUUGCCUUCUAACUGGUUUUCCUGUCUUUAUUCUUCAUGGGUCCCCACACCACUGUUUGGUUAAAUUUCUGAAAGUGUUGUGCUGAUCCUCUCCGUUCCCUGAUCAUAAACUCUCAAUGACUCCCUAAUACCUAGACCUUGGAGUCUCGAGCACAGAAGUUGAAGUUUGGGGACCUGUUCUUGCCUUGGCUCUGCCGUAAUUGACCUUGGCUAUGUCGCAACAUUUGCAAAAUUAGGAAUUUGGAGGUAACAGCUGCUCAGGUUUCUUCCAGCUUGACCAU